GGCAAAGAAUGUCAACCAGACUGCAAAGCGUCGAGGAACGAGCGUUGCCAGAGAAUCGAUGGACUUAUGAAGUGUGUGUGCAGACCAGGUUUCGCCAGGAUGUUCCCUGAUAGACCUUGCAAACCUACUUACACCUACUCCGUCAAGCUCGCCCUCGGCACCCAAGGCAACGAGCGUCUCCAUUUCCACGAAAGCCUGGCGGACAACUCCAGCAAGCAAUACCAGGCGCUAGCCCUGGCCACCCAUGAGGGCAUCAACAGGAUGAUCAUGCAAUCAGAUCUGAGGGACGUGUUCCAUGGAGUUCACAUCACGGGCUUCCAUCCGGUGGAGAUAAGAAGUGAUAGAGAGUUGUACCAGGGAGUUAUGAACGACUUUUAUGUGCAGCUAUCCGACAACGCACACGAGAGCCGCUUGAAGGAGGUGCUCGAGAAGUACCUCCGACACAACAACUACAGCCUCGGAGGAACCGACGUCCACGCCGCUGGAGAGUUGGUGGACAAACUGGAAGUUAACGACUUCGACGAAUGCGUGAGCGGGCAGUUCCACGACUGUUCGGAGCAUUCCCAGUGCUUCAAUCUCCGUGGUACUUACACCUGCAGCUGUCUCGAGGGCUUCGCAGACUUGAGCGUGAACUCGCAGUACCCUGGUAGAAUAUGCUCAGCUGAACCGGUGGGAUGCGAGCGGUGCAACUACCAUGGAGCGUGUUACUCCCGCGACGACCGCCGCGUGUUGUGCGAAUGCUUCCAGUGGUACGCGGGCAGCACUUGCCAUAUCAACCUGAAAGUGGUGUUGAUAUCCUUGGUUGUGGUUGGCGCGCUACUGACAGCCGUUCUCGCAGCGUGCGCAGUGGUAGCGUGUUCACGCCGCCCGCGCCCCCCACCUCGAUCCAUCGUCGCUUGCAUCCAGAGCAUGCCGGGACUUCACCAGGGUGCCAUGCCGUCGAAGCAGCGAGCCGAUCGAAGAGCCUUGAUCAGCGAGAGGGGAGCGGAUUCCGGCGACGCAUCGAGUGUACAGAAUGCCUCGCUUCCCUACAUGCCGGCUAAGAGACCGAGCAAGAAGACGGCGAUCUCGGAGCCGCCGGCGCACGACCCGCCGCCCCCACCGGCGCCUGCAGUCAUGAUACCACGCGCACGCCUUCAUCCACACCACUCUGACAGCCGGGAGAACAUCGCAAGGAAGAAGAGUUUGGAGCUCAGCAGUGAAGCCAAGCUGAUCAGCUACCUGGAGUCAGGUGCCGUCAACAACAGUCAUUCCAAUGAUGAGAUGAGAAGAAAACACAGCAUGGAAUCAUCUUACAGUGCCAUGAAAGAGAGACAUAAUAAGCAAGGUGCAUUAGUAUCAGCAGGGUUCAAGGUGUCCACCACCAUCCGGCCCGACGAGCCCGUCAACCGCGACGACACGUCAUCUGUGCACAAGGACAUGGACGAUCUGCGGUUCGACUCGCUCAGGAAAUCUUACAGCCAAGAAGACUUGUCAGAAUGGACUGAUGCUGAACGGCGACUUGGAGAGUUGACUCUAUCCGAGGCUCGUUCGGUCGGCGGGACUUUACCAGCCAGCACAGGGCGAGCUGCGUCGUCUACUCGUCUAACACAUCAGGAGGCCAACACGAUGGCGGAGCGCGACCUCGGAUCCACCUUCCUACUGCCGCACGUGCACCUCUAUAAACCGGAUCUAACGAGCGACGUAUCGGAGUUCGAUUCCCUGUGAAGACACUCAGUCAUUUAGAUUACUGUAAGACUUCAGAUUGUGGCGUGAAAUUGUACCACCAAAGUGAAGACUAAUGUUAUUUAUUUUAGUUAUAAGUCGGGCACACGGUAUUGCUUGAACUUGGCUUUGCACUACCGCGUGCCUUGGUGCUUAAUAGACAACACGGAGGAUGGAAGGGACUGGAGAUGCUUAACCCUUGAUUUGGCAAUGUCU